AUGCAGGAAAGAUAAAUUUUAGAAGUAAGACCAAACACCAACUACUUCAAUUUAAUUGUAAUCAACAUCCCAUUAUCCGUAGUCUCAACAAAUGCAUCCAACUUCAAAUUUAGAGAAGAAACUCUUUGUAAACUAAGUAUGCAAUCUAAAACGCUUCUCAAUCACUAUGGCAAAUAUAUGAGCGCAUAAUUAGGAUUUAACAAUUAACACAUUUAAUGGCGAAAAAAAUUUUAUAUUCAUAAAUUCCUUAUGAUUUGGGCUUCAAGUAUGUUUUCAACAUUAGGCGCUAGAAGUGCUUUAAGUGGAUUAAUAAACUUUGCAAUUCCCACUAGAGUAAGUGAGGGCAUUACAAACUAUAGUUCCUAGAAAUGCACUUGCACCAGAAACAUUGUAAAAUUACAUACUCUCUGA